AUGUCUCAUGCCAAAACGACAGUCGUGAUCAAUAAUGAUCUUGGAGGUGGUUUAGCGCUACAAUACCAUUGUAAAUCGGGUGAUAAUGAUCUCGGAGCUCGGAGUUUGGCACCAGGUGGAUCAUGGUCAUUUCAGUUUAACCCUGAUAUCUUCGGCCGUACUUUGUAUUUUUGCAGUUUUAGUUGGCAGAGCGAGUCGCAUUAUUUCGAUAUCUAUGUACAGAAAAGAGACAAAGAGUUUGAGAGGUUUGGAUGCACGAAUUGCUCGUGGAAAAUACGCAAGAAUGGACCUUGCAAACUCAACAAAAACACUAAUAUUCUAGCGAGAUGUCGAUGUGUAUCAAAGCUCUGGAACUCCACGCUUGACAGUCCAUAUUUCAUCGAGUUUUUGACUCGCCCUCGGUUCUUGUUCUCCUUCCGAAAAGACAGUGAGCUCUGCUUCUUCUCGUCACUUCUUCUCGUCCCUCAAGAUGAGAACUCGUCUCCUGUAGACGCAGAUUAUCAUCUCAAGCUCAAAUUGGAAGACUCCUUUAGAGUUUGUGGUCAUGUCCGAGGUUUGGUCUGCCUUGAUGAUCUCCGGGUGAUAAAGGAAAGGAAAGAAACGGCUCCGGUGAUAUGUAACCCAAGAACGGGACAGUUGUUGCCUUUACCCAAAGUGAAGACGAAGAGGAGCGUUCCAGUGAAUAGUUUUCUUGGGUUUGAUCCGACUGAUGAAGAAUUCAAGAGCUUGGGCAUGUAUGCUCGUGCGAUAGUUUGCUUUGAUGUUAGGUUGGAGAAGUUUAGCGUUAUUAACGCAGCUGAGGGCAUGGAUCUAAGUCUUGGUACUCUUGUAAACUACAAGGGUAAAAUUAGUUGUCUUGUGGCCGCGAUCUGUAUGUGUCCGUUCUAUGUUUACUACUACAACAUGGAGAGGAACACUUUGAGAAGAGUUGAGAUCAAAGGAAUGGACGCGGUUAGGGACUAUGAGAGCAUGACUCUAGACUAUGUAGAGGACGUGAAGCUUAUGGAACAUGUUUAG